CGCCGAACAAAGGAUUUUCGCUGGAAUCUCUCUCGGCGCCGGGACCUAAAAUGGCGCCGGCGCGGCCGCCCCCGCCCCUUCCGCGGGCGCCAUAGAGACGGGGCGGGCGGAGCGGCCGCUCCUCGGCGCCGCUCUCCACGCGGGCGCGGCCCCGGCUCGCUGGUGCGGGCGGGAAGGCGCUGCCGCGUCAUGGCGGGCGAGGGCGACUCUGAGCCGAGGAAGUCCUUUAAACUCUUGGGAUUUCUUGAUGUUCAAAGUGUCCCAUGUGCACGAGAAUCUGUGCUCUAUGGCUCCCUGGGGUCUUUAGUUGUGGGUCUUGGACAUUUUUUAGCAACUAGUAGAGUUAGAAGAUCUUGUGACUUUGCAGUUGGUGGCUUUAUUUCCACAAUGUUAGGAUACUGGUUUUACUGCAGGUACAAUUUGGCUCAACAAAGGAUCCGGCAAAGAAUGCUUAAAGAAGGAAUGAAAAACAGAAUGUUAUUUGAAGGCAGUUAUCUUGAUCCAGAAAAAAACCAAACUGGCAAUGAAAGAAGCGAUUCAUAGGCUGCUGUGGAGGAGUUGUGGUCUAAUACAGCUUUGGGAGAAGGUGAUCCAAAGAUGUCAGUCUGCCUUGUAAACAUGUGAGGUGUAUAAAGCUGACAAAUCAUGGUUUUCCUGGCAAAUCUGAGCAAGAAAUUCAUAGUGAAUCUUUUAAGUCUGUACAAACCUUGCUUUGUUUCAUGUAUGUAUGUGUGUGAGUGUGUGACUGUGCACAUAGUUAGGAAUGACUUCCUGUGAAACAUCUGGGAACUGAUGUGUUCUGUUACUGAGAGGAUUAAGGGCAGUGAUUUGGGACUGCUUUUAACUUCCAUUGUAAACAGAGUGGUUCAUUUUAGCAAAGUUGUAAUUACAUCUCAUUUAAAUACAGGAAAAUAUUUUCAUCAGCUGUUCAGUAAGUGUAUCUUCGGUGCUACUGUUAACAGUGCUGUUAGUAAAACACAAGUAUUUAAACAGUAGAUGAAGGCUUUGCUUGUGCAAGAUGGGUGAGAUCAGCGGCCUUUGUAAGAUUUCAGCUGCAGGAUAACCAGAUAACUUACAUACACUGUGAAGUUGUAGGAUUUCCAUGUUUGUUCUGUCCAUAUGAAACUAAGAAUAAAAUCUGAAUAAAAUUCAGAAGCAAUCUAAAUUAUGUAAAUAAGUAAUUUUUUUACUUGAUUAAAAGUCUUACUAUUUAAGACAAUCCCUACAGCUGUGGAAUAAUAAUUUACAUUAUUUGUAAGUACCAAUGGUCAGUAGUUUGUUCUUGUGUUUUUUUUUAAAGGCGCGUUCUGCUUAACUAUUUCACUGUACAUUUUAUGGUUAAAAGGAAUAUGACUAUAAUUUCAAGGAAACCAUCUUAUUUGGAAAUACAGUUUAGGUCUAAUUGAAUAUUGUUAAAAAGAUGAGUGAUGACAUCAUAUUCCUUGCUUGCUUCUGUCUGCAGGAUUGACACGCUGUAUUUAUUUUUUCAUAAAAUGAUUUAUAGCCUA